CGGACUGUUUACAGCAUUGCUAAAGACGGUCGUCGGCCUGAUGCCCGCAGCUAUCGAACCAAUGACUGGUGACCUCCUACUUGCUUCUUUGACCCACAGUAUUAGCUUGCAUGUUGCUAUUAUUGUCUAGCUUAUCUCGAGCCGAAGAGGUUGCCGAGAUACAUAUGUAACGGAGAAACUCCGUAAGUACGUUACAAGGGAUUUCCGAGUGCCCCGGAACGUCCGUUUCUCCGUAUCAUGGUCAGGCUCAUGGGCUCACUGGACUUCCUUCGACCGUCAACAUGGGCCCUCGAGCCCGAGAAGACAACGUUCGCCAACCAUGGCUGGAGUAACAAAGAUAUGGACCCGGUUACAUACUGGGUCUCGGAUGCUACAAACGUGGCCGUCUGGGAGCUAGCGGGUUCGAUGUUAGCCAUCGGUCUCUCUUGGCGUCAGGCAUUACCAUGUAUUGCUGCCGGGUACGCUGUCAUAUCCGUGGUCAUGGUUAUGACGGGUACUAUCGGCGCUCGAUUACACGUCGCAUUCCCGGUUUUGAACCGAUCGUCAUUUGGCUUCUGGUUCAGUUAUUUCACGGUAUUUAGUCGUAUUAUUCUCUCUAUGUUCUGGUUCGGCAUUCAGACCUACAGUGGUUCGCAAGCCAUAUACCAAGUGCUCAAAGCGAUCUGGCCAUCUAUAGCGAGGCUCCCAAACCGUCUCCCUGCCAAUGCAAACAUAACCAGUUCUGGUCUUCUCUGCUAUCUACUCUACUGGCUUAUCCAGUUCCCCUUUAUGCUCCUCUCACCACACCAGAUUAGAUGGUUAUUUCUUGUCAAGGGCAUCGUCGUCCCCAUUGCAUGGUUGGCAAUGGUAAUCUGGGCAUUCGUACGUGUCCCACCGUCGACAGGGCUCUUCGCCCAACAUGCCACGAUAUCGGGUAGCCAACUCACUUGGACAUGGUUGAGUGCUAUGAACAGUGCUCUAGGCGCAUAUGCGACUCUCUCCGUGAAUAUACCCGAUUUUACUCGCUACGCCAGGAACGAGCAGGCCCAAUUCGUACAGCCUCUGGUCAUACCCAUCGUAUUCACCCUCUGCAGCUUCGCAGGCAUUGCCGUCACGAGUGCCGGUAUCCAGCUCUACGGAGAAGUCCUUUGGGACCCACUUCUACUCAUCGAUCGGUGGGACAACCGUGCUGCCGCCUUUUUUGCUUCUCUGGUGUUCGUAAUCGCUACUAUCGGAACGAAUAUCAGCGCCAACUCUUUAAGUGCUGGGAAUGAUAUGACGGUGUUGUUGCCCAAGUACAUCAAUAUCCGGCGUGGUCAGGUUAUCUGUGCCUUCAUCGGCGGAUGGGCACUUUGUCCAUGGGAAAUCUUGGCCAGUGCACAGGGAUUUUUGAGCUUUAUGAAUGGGUACACGAUCUUCCUUGGUCCUUUUGCGGGAAUUAUGAUCACAGAUUUCUGGUUCGUCCACAAAGGUAAGGUCGACGUUCCUGCCAUGUACAACCCCAACGGCAGAUAUCGCUACACCCAUGGAUUCAACUGGCGCGCCGUCCUCGCUAUACUUGUCACCUUUGUCGUCGCGUCUGUAGUGUACUACGUCACCUCCGUCGCGUUCCCCGCACGAGAGACGCACGUCGAGAAUCUUAUCUCCGCAGACGAUGCACCUUCUCCGACAGGUACGCCCUACGAUAGUGGGGGUGCGUUCCUUGCGGCCAGCACUGCCUCAGCAAAGGAUGCGGAGAAGACCCGCGACGUGGAGGUCGAAACUAAAUAGGAUAUUCGUUAUACCGAUUUGUUACUUUAGCACUAGUAGAUUUCAUGGUUAAACCUCUGGAGUGUUCACCGAACAACAGAUCAUC